AUGGGUCCCUCAGCAACUCUGCCGGGCUUGCCCAAUACCGCCGACCAGCCUCAGGUGUCACCCAAUGACGACCUGGUAUCAUCGCUCCCUGCUCCUAUCGUCCGCCUGCUGGUCCUCUUUGCUCGGCCAAUAGCAUGGCUACGAAUAGCUAUCGAGGUGUUAUCGUGGAAGGCCGGGAGGAGGGUAGAGAGCUGGAUGGUCGUGGGUGGGUGGUGGGGAAUAUGUCUUGGUGCAGGGCAUGCUUUCAAGUACCUCUUGCCUGCGGUUUUAUUCCUCCCACUCCUUCCCCUCGAGCGCCUGCGUCUACCUCACGUAUCGCAGAACACCAAGAAACCCCCUCCGCCUGAAUCUACCCCUCUCCAGCCGUCUACACAGGACACUCUCCUACACACCCUCGCCGAUCUACACGCCGUUUAUGCCCUCCUUCCCCCAACACCGGCGAAACAGGUCGAAGACGUAUACGCACGAUUUGCCGGCCUAGGUCAAGCCCGCCUGACCAGGGGCUUUGUCGUCAUCUGGUCGACAUGGCUCGUCCUGGGCUGGAUCGUCGGCUAUCGCGCUCUUCUCGCUAUACUCGGAAGCGUUAUCCUGCUCUACCCAUCCCCAUCCCUAGCACAUCUUGUCCACCUCCUCGGAAAGUCGCUCGCUGUUCGGCGUGGCAUCGCGCUGCUCUUCCUCGUCACCUUCGGAUCGCAUCCGGAACAACGCAUCAAUGUCGACCUGCACUUCUCGAUCUCGAACUGGGUCAAGGGGAAGUGGGCGGCAAGUAGGAGACCAAGUCUUGCUCUAACGUUCCGGCCAAAAGUGGAGGCUGUGUCAGAUAAGCAGGAGGCGGAUGCAGCGGACGAGGCAGAAGAAAAGGCCGGAGAGCCAAUAUACUUCAAAUUCGAGGUCCACGAGAAUCAGAGGUGGUGGAUGGGACUGGACUGGACGAGUGCUCUGUUACCGCAGGAAAGACCAAGCUGGUGUGACUCCCAUCUCCUCCCUGCCUCACCCCCUCCUAGUUUCCCACUUCCUCCAUCAUCUUCCAUCACCCUUCCCGCCCCCACCGCUUCCGACCCGGGCGCUACCGUCAGGCGGACUGCAAUCUGGCAAUGGCUAGAUGACGACUGGUCGAUCGUGCGCGCUGGUCCCGGCCACAGCUCCUCGCCAUUCGUCCCCGCCCCCUCCACUAUGCCCGCCCAGCCUUCAGUGAGCUCCAGUACCGAGAGCUAUGGGCUCUCCGUCAGUCCCACGCGCUCGAUGAGUGCCCAGUCCGCCCUGCACCCCGUAGACGACGCGAACCUCGGCCCGACCGCUCGCGCCCAGUCCAUAGCCGAGCAGGCGUUCACGAAGGGACUUGAGCGCCUCAAGGCUCGUACGAUCGCAGCUCCAGCCGUACCGGCCGCAAAGGCGGGAAGCCCGAGAGGCAGCGUAGAGAUCAGUCGAGGGCGGCGGGAGAGCCAGGCGAGCGAUGACGUGCAUUCGAUGGCGGAUGGUUUGCCGUCAGGGCAUGUCGGUGCCGGGGCCGGAGGUAUUGGGAGCGGCGAGACGAUAUGCGAGAAGGACGACGCGACCGACGGGGAUGGGUGGGUGUAUGGGGAUAACAAGUGGGAAGGGAUGGGGCCGAAAGGCGGUCUUGGUCGCUUCACGAGGCGGAGAAGGUGGCAGCGCAGAGCGAUCUGCACCGAGACUAUCGAACGCAUAUCCUCCCCUGCCGCUGCCCUCGCUGUGCUCACUGACGACGCCCCAUUGCCAUCUCCUGCCAGAUCCACCACCCCUACUCCCACAGCAGCAAUCACACCCCUGAAAGCCAAGCCUACCAUAUCGACCGAGGCGGAGAUUGCGAUUGCAAGGCGAUCUUCUUCUUUCAGCCCGUCCAGAGACAGGCGGUCUUCGUCAGGCGCGAGCAUGGAUCGGACGGGCGCAGCGGAUAGGGACGGGGCAGGGGCGCUGUUGGCGGGAUCGCCGGGAGGGGCGGCGAGAGACGAUGUACUGCGGAAGAGAUUACGGAAUGCUAUGGGCGAUCUAGGUGGAUAG